AAAAUAUUUUAUUAUUGAGUAAUCAUUGGCAGCUGUCUUUUAAAUGAGUUUUGGGAGUUAGUAAUUGAUUAAUUUCUCUAAAGAAAUGGGGGAGGGGGGAUGUCACAAUCUAUUUUUGUUGGCAUAAGAAUCUUUUGGCAUUUUAAAUUAGAUUUUCUAUUAACCCGAUAGUGAAGAAAAAAAACCCCAAACAUUACAUUUCUAGCAAGUCUGUGUGGUGCCAAAACCUUUGCACAGUGCUGUAUUCAAUUACAUGUCCAGACUAUUGGAGUAAAAAUUUCCAUUAUUUGCAUGAGACUGUCUGAAAUCCUAUUCUCAUUCUUUGAAUAUUUUAAGAGUCACACUCAUUAUAUUGUGCUAUUUAAAUUUUUAAGGAUUAUCAAAAUCCCAUUAUGAAGACUAGAUACAGAGCCAUGAAACUGACUAUAAUUUAAAUUCACAUUCGGUGCUGACUGUGAAUUCAUGGUCAUUUUAAUCUCACAUGAGAAUAACGAACAGUGGAAUGGCCCUGGGCCUCAGACUUGUUUUGAUAAUGAAACUUCUACCGCAGCAAAAAUGUAACUUUUUACCCAAAUGCCCUUCGGAUGUGGUCUGAGGCCCAAACAAGGUUACGACUGUGCAACAAUGGGCGGAGUCGAUCAGGACUAUGGAAACUACACCUAUGAGUACUACCUGGAGUAUGGAGACUUAGAAGAUCUUAAAGUGGACCACAGGCAGACAGAAACAACGCACAUCAUAUCAGUAGUUAUUUAUAUAAUUUCCAUUGUUCUCGGUCUCAUCGGUAAUGGAACCGUCAUUUGGGUGACAGCGUUUAAAUGCAAAAAGACCGUCAACAGUGUCUGGUUGCUGAAUCUGGCGAUAGCGGACUUUGUUUUUGUGCUGUUUCUGCCCUUCUACAUCGACUACAUAUUGCGGGACUUCCACUGGAACUUUGGCAUACAAAUGUGUAAAGUCAACUCAUUCGUGUCUGUGAUGAACAUGUAUGCGAGCGUGCUGUUUCUCACGGUGCUCAGCAUAGACCGAUACAUCUCGCUAGUCCACCUCAACUGGUCUCAGAGGUAUCGAACCAUAGAGAGAGCCUGGGUGGUAUGCAGUUGCGUGUGGGUCGUGGCGGCAGCCUUGAGCUGUCCUGUGCUGAUAUUUCGUGACACCAUGCGCUUGCGUGACAAGGUGGUGUGCUUCAAUAACUUCCACUCGCACGACAGCCAAACGGCAGCCAUGAGGCAUGUUGUAACCGUGGUGAUCCGCACCACAGUGGGCUUCCUCUUGCCGUUUAGCGCCAUAUUUGUGACGGGAAUCCUUCUGACAAUCAAAGCAAAAAGCUCCCAGGAUUCAGUUCACAUGUCAAGCUUCUCCAAAACGGUUUCGGCCGUAAUUCUGGCAUUCUUUUUCUGCUGGGCGCCUUUUCAUAUUUUCAGCUUGAUGGAGCUGACCAUCCAUUCCUCAGCCCACCUCCACAACGUGCUGAAAACAGGGUUCCCCCUCGCCACCAGUUUAGGCUUUUUUAACAGCUGUAUUAACCCUCUGCUGUACAUGCUCCUGGGUAAAAAGGUUCGCCACAUCCUGAAGCAUGCAUGUAUGAGCAUCACGAAGCACUCACUUAGAGAACUCAGCCAGUCAAUCUCUGCAACAGAGCUGGAAUCUGUGCCAGAUGUUCUCCAGAUUGGUGUUCCAGAGGACAAGGCUGAGUCAUCAACUCAAGUGUGACUGCGGCCAUCUUCAGACAUGUUUGUGUAACUGUCUGUGAAAAACAGCAGCAUCACUCCAACGGCAUUGGCCAAUGAUUUGAGGGAUUAUCGUCGCUGUUCUUUCCAGCAGCAGUGUUAAAAUUUUCCAAGCAGUUUUAUUUGGAGUUACUCCUGUUUUAACCAACAACUAUUCUGAGUGGAAAACCUCAGUGCUCAGGACUCAAUCUGUAUGUUUAUCCAUAUUAUUAUCCUUUAAAAAAUGCAUAACUCAUGUCAGUGAGUGCCUGUACUGCAAUGGGUACAUCAGCAGGUUACAGUGGGUGCAUGGAGAGAUUUGGGUACAAAUAUUAAUAUUUGUGAGUUACACAACUGGAGAAUAAAAUCAUAUGCUACUAUAUAUAAUAUUGUAUGCAGUAUUAUGCAACACUUUCAGACACUAUAGAAUUUCAAACUAUAAUUUGAUUUUUUUUUCCCCCCCCUAUUUAUUUAAAGGGGCCAUACGCUGCAAAAUCAGUUUCUUUUAAACUUUUACUAAUUUCUGUGAUUGGACUUUUAUGUUGAAUGCUGUUAAAGAUCCACAAUUCUACACCUGUACGUGUCAUAAUUCUCCUGCUUUAAGCUAAUUUUUUUUCUAUGAAAAGACUUUACACUGCUGUGACAUAUGUCACAGAGGGUGUAGCAAAAGGUUCUUUUGCAUUUUACGCAACGUGCAGGAAAACAGGUUAAAGCUUUUGUAUUGCCUUGUUGCUACACAAUAUUUUUGGCUACAAACUUAUUUUAGGUUUUUAAGACACCCAAUGAACUAUAUUUCUUUCCUGAAAUGGCAAUUAUAUGAUAAUAUGAUCUAUUUAAAGAAAGUCAGUAUUAAGUUACAAACCUCACAUACACACACACACAUAUAUAUAUAUAUAUAUAUAUAUAUAUAUAUAUACACACACACACACACUUUUUGUUGUUGUAGGUGUACUGUGGGGUAUAUGACACUAGAAAUAUGGUUUCCAAUGAUUACUCACUAUAAAACAUUGUAAAAAAAACAAAACAAAAAAAAAAACUGACAAAACAAUGAAUGCAUAACACUUGUUUUAAUGAAUUACAGACAAUCUGAAACAAACUGUAUUUUUAAAGCUGAAAAAUGUUAACAUAAGUUACAUAUGUAUAGUUUUCUUAAGAUUUAGCAGCUUUUUGUUAUUUAUUAAAAAAAAAAAAACUUAAGGCACUUUUUUGCACAGUGCUGCUGUAUGUGGGGUAUAUUGUGUCCUGUGUUUCACAACAAAAACAUAAUAACUGUUAUUACAAGCCAGCACACACCUCAGGUAUUUUCCCACCACAUUGUGUCACUGUGAACACCAACUGUUUUGGCAGUACACACCCUGCAGUCACAACACUGCAUAAGUUGUAAAAAUGACUAAAUUGGUGGUAUAAUAGCUGAAAUGCAGACUGGUGCUU